AUGAACCAGCUUGCUGCUGUAAUUGCUGUUUGUGCCUUGGUACCAGGCGUCCACUGUGCCAUAGGCUGGUGUUACCAUCAGGCCAGCUGCAAUGACAGCACCUGGCCGAUCAUCGCUCCCAUUCACUGCAACGGCUCCCGCCAGUCCCCCAUCGACAUCAACUCAACGUCUGCAGAACCCGACUCCAACCUGACCGCGUUCAGCUUUAAAAACUACAGCAGCACAUCGGCUUUGAAGACCAUCAGAAACUCCGCCUGGACCGUCAAAGUCACCCUGGGAAGUGGAGUUCAGAUUUCAGGAGGAGGUCUGCCUGAGUCCUAUGACUGCAUCCAGUUCCACCUGCACUGGGGCAACGGCUCAUCUGUGCCCGGCUCCGAGCACACGGUGGACGGGAAGCGUUAUCCAAUGGAGUUGCACAUCGUCUGCAGCAAGUCCUCCUACCACAGGAACACAAGCCUGGCUCUUUUAGAUCCCACAGGAAUCGCUGCUCUUGGUUUCUUAAUCGAGGAAACCUCAGGUGAGGCGACUCCUGCCAGCUGGCACAACCUGACCUCCUACCUGCCCAACAUCACAAACAGCGGCGACUCUGUGUCGAUGGCUCCUAGGAUCUCCCUGGACGACCUCCUGGUCGGGGUGGACCGCACCAAGUAUUACCGCUACCUGGGCUCCCUGACGACCCCCAACUGCAACGAGGCCGUGGUUUGGACCGUGUUCAAGGACCCCAUCAAAGUCAGCAGAGACCUGAUCGAGCGCUUCAGCACAACCGUGCGCUUCGUCAACAACUCGUCGCCUUUCAUGACCAACGUCUACAGGGACCUUCAGCCUCUGCAGCGGGUCACAACCCAAGUUACCAGCAGCUCUGCCUGCACAGAGCUGUGCGUCUGCUGCUCUCUGGCGCUGGUGGCGCUGACUCUUGCUGCCAAAGACAUUUAUUAGAGUUUUACAGCUUUAUGUUGUAGUGUUUGUAAUUUAGCGUAUAGUCAUUUUUUGGUUAUUGGUUUUUUUUAAUAUGUAUGUUUUUCUGGUGGCUUAUUUUUGUUAUUUGGAAUUAUUCCUUAGUGAAAUAAAAAAUGAAAUCAGAGUCAUUUAACUUUUUCUUUAAAUUGAAAUUAUGUUUUAGAAACCUUCAUUUUAAUUGACUGCCUUUAAAUGUUCUCUCCUACUUCUUGAAGCAAACUGCAGCCUGGGCUUUAAACCCAACCUGAGGUGUGGCGCUAGAAAACUGACCACAGUUCAAACAUUACAUUGCAUAAUAGUCCAUGCUUCUGUUUCUUUGCAGAAUAAGGGAAGGGUAAAGACACCUGCACCUUUUCUUCUUUUACACUGAC